AUGGCGUGUAACGGUAACACGCGACCUUACGAAAGUAACACAACAAUCCAGGAACAGGAUGCUAAUUCGGCCUUAACUGAACUUGACAAAGGCCUCAGAUCUCAAAAACUUGGUGAUCAAUGUGAAGCUGUUGUGAGGUUUCCUCGUCUUUUUGAGAAAUAUCCUUUCCCUAUUCUUAUAAAUUCUGCUGUCUUGAAACUUGCAGAAGUCUUUCGAGCUGGGAGUAAUUUUAUUCGAUUAUGUAUUUUACGAGUGACCCAGCAGGCAGAGAAGCACCUGGACAAAGUUUUGAAUGUAGAUGACUUCAUCCGUCGGAUAUUUUCUGUUAUGCACAGCAAUGACCCUAUUGCUAGAGCUAUAACUUUAAGGACUCUGGGUAGCAUCGCACCCAUCAUUGCCGAGCGGAAGAAUGUGCAUCAUAGCAUUGUCGUCAGUUUGGAUUCCCAUGAUGCAAUUGAAGUGGAUGCUGCUGUUUAUGCUGCAGAGCGUUUUGCUGCACGUUCAAAGACAUUUUCUGCUAGCAUUUGUGAUCGCAUUGCUGAGAUGAUUGAGAGAGUGGAAUCUCCUGUAGACCUCAAACUAAAGUUAAUUCCCAUAUUACAACAUAUGCAUCAUGAUGCUGCUACAGCAACAAAGGCACGAGAAGUCUGUCUCCUUCUCCUUCAGAGUUACCCUGCAAGAAAUUUUAUCAUGUUGACUUUGCACAGCAUGUCUCAAUUAGCUGCCUAUGCUUUGCUGGAUAUUCCACAUCAAGUGUCUUUGUUAUUAAAUUAUUUGGAAAAGGACCCUCGUCAAGCAGUUAAGAAAACAGUUUUGAGGGAUCUCCAGAUGCUUGCCAUCAAAGCUCCUCAUUUGUGGACGGCUGAAAAUAUUGAGGUUUUAUGCCGUUUUGUAUUGGACACUCCAUUUGUUAGUUUAAAAGAAGGUGUGCUUUAUGUUCUUACUUCUUUGUCAUCCUCCAUUAGUAUGUACCUAUUACCAAUUGCUUCUAAAGAUUCACUGUUGGUCAAAGUGUGUAAGGAAUAUUGUUACCAUGAAGACCUCUCCUUGGCCUCAAAGACUGUUGAACUGCUUACCCAUUUGACCAUCCAUCCACUUCAAAAGGGUCAGAACAAUGAUGAACUUGUUAAUGAUACCAAAGGAGCCAUACAGACUGUUAUCUUGCUUUCGGUGAUAGACAGUACCCCACGUGCUAAAUCAGCACUUAAGUUGAGCCUGAUGUGUGCAGUGAAGAUGUGUCAAAAUUUCCCUGCUCUUAGUGUUGACUUUGUUGAUACCAUAGCGAGUCUGUUACAAUCAAAUUCAGGUAUGCACCAGAUGUUGAUAUGUGACAGCCUAACUGCAAUUGGUGCAACUAAUUGCACUGACUUGGAAUCCAUUCUGCCUCUCAUACUGGACACUCUCAAAGGCAACACUGACCAAGAUGAUUCCAUUGACAAUGCAACACGGGCUCGUAUCUGCACUCUUGUUUUCCAAAUGGCCUGUGGUAAAAUCCUUCCGACUUCCAUCCAGGAAACAGUUAUUACUGCUGCAAAACAAGCUGGGGCUUGGGAAGCCUAUCGAGUGGUUAGGCAAGCCAUGAGAUACCGUCAGUACCAUGUAGCAGUUACCAUACUUGCUUCGAUUAUGAAUAAGGUUGCUUCUGAACAUUUCCAUUUUUGGUUGUCUGGUUUGUAUGAUUUAUGCGUAGGUGAGAGUCAGCUGUUGGGUGACCAGGACGUUUCUCCUCAAACAAGUACUACAGAAAAUGUUGGUGAAGCUCUCACACACUAUCAACGAGGAAUUUCUCAACUCAAAGCAGCUACCACGCCGAGCUUUCGGUUACAUUUUCAGAACGAAUACAGCAGUUUGCGUUGUCAACUCAUGCAACAACACCGUCAGCUAUGUCAAACUUGUGGCACAUUUCAGACAUGUCCACCCCCAGCAAUUGCAUCAGCUCUGGCCAUGAACAAUUCCAGUGACAUCAGCAGAUGUGGUCCGGUCAUUUCUCAGUUAACAAAAUGCCAAUCUGCUUAUACCAAUUUGAGUCAGAAAUUAAUGGAUCUCUACCAAUCAUCGUUUGAUGCUGAUCCAGCUUCUCUAUCCAACAUACAACUUUUGCAUUUGAGCAGUGAAUUAAUGAAGACUGCCAUCAGUACCAUUUUACAAGCCGGACAAACAUGUGAAACCCUGUCCUUUGACAAAGCCACUGGCUUUAAAGAGAUUCCUGACCAGAAAUGUCCAGUCAACCAGCAGUUCUGCAACACACUUCAUGCGAUUGCCGACCGACUUUAUCAGAUUACUAACGUCUCAAAUGGAUCCGUAUUGACUCACAAGCACAUGGCUUUCCUUUGUGAAUCUGCUGAAUUUUUGAUUCAGACUUCUCUUGGAUAUCCACGAUAUUUUUUCCAAAGUUUGCAAAUGACAGAAGUUAAGCUGGCCAUUUCUCCUCAGCCACACAAUAAUAUGGAUCCAGUUUCUGUGCAACAUGACACACAUUUAGCUCUGAAGGUCGAAGGUGUCAUCCAGCAUGGAAACCAACCAAACCUCUAUCGCCGAGCACAGGCAGUCACUGUCAAUAUAACCUCUGAACUCCACAGUCACAGUCACACGACAGCCGCUGUUAUGGCUGCCAGUGGACUCAAGAAUUCUGACCUACCUCCAGUGAAACUGAGCAAGACGCUUGAACCUCAAAACGAUUAUUUCAUCUCAAGUUUCUUGCUGGCUCUUCCAGUGCCUGGCCUUUAUUCGGUCACCAUUGAAGCAUAUUUGGUUGAUGAAAACGGCUUUGUUUGGAAAACUGGCCCACGCAACUCUCUAAUGGUCAAGUGUUUUGAUGAUAUAUUGCAACAACGACAGCAGAAUAUGAGGAACGUACCUUGGAAUUCCAGUUAA